AUGCAUGAUACCACGGCAGUCGGAACACCACAAGCUCCUGUAGCGGCCAUAGAUAUCCUAACGCAAGCGUAUGAAACGGAAAGUGAGUUGCAGAAGACUUUGGGAAGACCUCUCGAGUACGCAGUCGCGAACGGCUACGACGGCUCAGAAAACCACACCAUCACGUCCGACGUUGAGUUUAACAGCCGUGCAUCUGUGAACAAGGCCAACAAGCAGCGGCGACUCGAGGUUCUGGCGGGCGGAGAGAUGGCACAGGCUGAUGGACCAGCUCCUCCACCUAUCAACGCAGGGUCGCGAGUACAGUCCGGAGCACAAUCAGUUCAUCAUCCAGCAGAAUGGGCUGUUCGGCGGCGCUGCUCACGGAAUACUUCAACAUGCAAUAUCCGGAUCAGCUGCAGGCAAAGGGGACAACUGCCAGCGAUGUGGGCCAUGUCGCCGAGCUCAAGGCUAUGUGAAGCUCGUAUCUACCCUGAGUGA